AUGCGUUCGUCAAAUAUUGAAGAAACAGCAGAAGAUUCGGAUUAUUAUCAAGACAAGAACAAAUCGCCGCCACCAAAUUACCUGGGAAGGGACGAAAGUAAUUUUCCUGAAAGCACUAGCGUUGGAAAAACUAUGAGCCAAAAGCAUCUACCUCUGCUCAUGUCGAUGUUCACAAAAUUGCGAGAAUUUGAUGCGUACACAAAACCGAUGGAAGACUUCAGGGUAAAAACCCUUAUUGGAGGAUUAGUGACCGUCAUGUCGACAAUUGCGAUUGUUCUGUUAGCAAUCCAAGAAACUAGUCAUUAUCUUGCUGGUGACGUUGUAGAGCAGUUAUAUGUAGAUUCUACAACAUCGGACACUCACCUUGAUGUACAUUUUGACAUUACUUUCCACAGACUGCCAUGUGAAUUUAUCGCUGUAGAUGUAAUGGACGUCACUAGCGCAGACCAGGAUGAUAUACAGCAUAACAUUUUCAAACUGCGGUUGGACAAAGAUGGAAAGAAUAUCACUUCUGACGUUCAGAAAAUCGAGGUGAACCAGAAUAUAACAACAGCUGUUGUUUUGCCGGAAUGCGGCAGCUGCUAUGGAGCGCUGCCAGACGGAAGGAAGUAUGAUCCAUGGUUGAAGAAGCUGAGGCAGUAUGAAGGUGAAGGAUGUCGUGUGUAUGGUAAGCUGCAGGUGGCAAAAGUCGCUGGAAACUUCCAUCUUGCGCCAGGCGAAGCACGUAGGAUACAGAACACGCACGGUGCAUCGUAA